AUGGGGGGAAAAAUUAGCGGCAAGACGAGCGAGAGGUCAGGGACAGUGUUCUCCAGCGAGAGGAAAACUGAAAGAACGCAACAGGAAUGGCCGAGCGAGAGGAGGAAAUCCUCUGUUCCGGCAAUCUUGACGACUAUGCCGCCGCCGCCGCCGCAUCCCUCAUUUCCUUCGCGCGCGAAAGCUCCCUCAUCAGCAAAGAGGGCAGCGUUCCUCCGCUCCUCAAGCUCGCUAAGGAAGGGUGGGCUGAGGGACAAGAGAAUGCAGUCCAAGCGAUCGGGGCCGCGACUCGAAAAGUGUCGAGCAGAUAGUGAACGACAAGGCUUCAAGUCAGAUGCACUUGAUGGUGACCUAGUUAAUUUGUGGGCUUCAAGUCUUGGUGAUGAUGGUGCACCUGCAGUGAAUAGGAGCAUAUUGAGUGUGUGCCUACGUGACCAAGCUGCUACUGCAUUAAUCAUUAUGGAGAUCUUCAUGACUCUAUCUGAAGAGCUGAAUAUGUUAUGCACUUUAGACAGGUUUGAAGAGAAACGUAUUGAAUGAAAUUGAGAUGAUCCUCGAGUUAACGACGAUUCUUUUAUUGUUCUCUUAUUUUAUUUCUUUUAGUAAUUUGUAAAGUUUGUUCCAUUAUAUACACUGAUUAGCUCUAAUCCUUUUUAUAGAACACCUUUGUUGUUUAAACAGUAUUUAAAUUUC